GGCAGUGGGAGACGCCAGAAGGAAGGUACCAUGUGAAGGUAUGUGAGUUCAGUGUGUGACCCAGUCUCAGUCUGAAGGGAAGAAGAACCAGUUUGUGGACUUUCUGUUGUGAGUGCAGAGGCCUGAUUCUGGAGAUGGACGGCCUGGAGAAAAAGGAGUGCCCAAGAGCAUUUUGGUUUUGGCCCAUCCUCAGUAUCUGCACAAUUAGAAUCCUUUUUAUUCCUGUUGUUCUUACCUCAUCCCCUUUCCAUCUGCCCAGCCAUCCAUGAACGAUUAGGCAAGAAGAGCUCCAGGACUAAGGACUGGAAGAAACCAGGGGAGACAUACUAUGGCUUCAAAAAUCCUGAACAUACAAGAUGAGGGGUCCUGUCCCAUCUGCCUGGAGCUUUUGACAGAGUCCCUGACUCUAGACUGGAGACACAGCUCCUGUCAAGCCUGCAUCGCUGUGAAUACCAUGGAGGCAGAGAUCAGCCCAGGAGAAGAAAGCAGCUGUCCCAUGUGUGGUGUCAGAUACUCACUUAGAAACUUAUGUCCGAAUCAGCCUCUGAUCAACAUGAUGGAGAGAAUCAGAAAGUUCAAGUUGAACGCAGAGGAGAAGCUGAAGAAAGACCUCUGUGUGCGCCAUGAAGAGAAACUCCUGCUCUUCUGUAAGGAGGAUAGGAAGGUUAUUUGCUGGGUUUGUGAGCGGUCUCAGGAGCACCGUGGUCACCACACGUUCCUUGUGGAGGAAGUAGUCAUGGAAUAUCAGGAGAAACUCCAGGCAGCUCUGGAGAGGCUGAGGAAAGAACAGCAGAAAGCUGAGAAGUUUGAAGCAGACAUCAGAGAAGAGAGGAUUUCCUGGAAGUCCCAGAUACAGAUUGAGAGACAAAGGAUAUGGGCUGAAUUCAAUCAGCUUAGAAGCAUUCUGGACAGUGAAGAGCAGAGAGAACUGCAAAAAUUAGAAGAAGAGGAGAAGAGGAUAUUGGACACCUUGGCUGAGGCUGAGGCUGAGCUGGCUCAGCAAACCCAGCUGGUAAAAGAUCUCAUCUCAGAUCUAGAGCAUCGCUGUAAAUGGUCAGCAGUGGACCAGCUACAGGACAUGAGUGGAAUCAUGAAAUGGAGUGAGAUCUGGACACUGAAGAAGCCAAAAACUGUUUCCAAAAGACGGACGAGUGUAUUCCAUGCUCCAGAUCUGAGCACAGUGCUGCGCAUGUGUAGAGAGCUAACACAUGUCCAGUGCUACUGGGUGGACAUCACACUGAAUCCAAUCAACUUAAAUUUAAACCUUGUCCUUUCAGAAGAUCAGAGACAAGUGAUGUCUGUGCCAAUUUGGCCUGUGGACUGUACUAAUUUUGGUAUCUUGGGGUCCCAAUAUUUCUCCUCAGGGAAACACUAUUGGGAAAUAGAGGUGUCCAAGAAGUGUGCCUGGAUUCUGGGGGUAUACUGUAGAAAAGGUUUCCAUAAUAAAAAGUCUGGUGUUAGACAAGGCACAAAUCAUCAAAGUGCUUACUCUAGAUACAGACCUCAGUGUGGCUACUGGGUUAUUGGGUUACAGAAUGAAUUUGGGUAUAAGGCGUUUGAGGAGUCUUCCACAUCUGAACCCAUGGUCUUGACUCUUUCCAUGGCUGUUCCUCCCCAUCGUAUUGGAGUUUUCCUAGACUAUGAUGCUGGCAUUGUCUCAUUUUUCAAUGUAACAAACCAUGGGUCACUCAUCUACAAAUUUUCUAAAUGUUGCUUCUCUCAGAGUGCUUAUCCCUACUUCAAUCCUUGGAACUGUCCAGGCCCCAUCAUCCUGUGCCCACCACAUUCCUGAACCUUUUUAGCACCUCACCCACUUCUGUGUAGAGCCUCUUUUCCUGAGGCUCACCUACACGUAGCUUACCUGCACCCUUCUGAACACCUCUUCCUUCCAGAAUGGCUUUGUGCAAUGCUUUUCUGCAUGUAUUGAAAUGAACAUGCAACUUUUCUCCGUUUAAUUCAACUACCUUUAUAAUUUUGUUAUCAUUAUAGUUUAAUAGUUAGUCUGUGGUUAAGCCUAUGUUGUUAGUACCUUGAUUCCUCCGCCCCUCACAGAUGACUGAGGUUCUGUUCAUUUUAAUACAGGUUAAUUACCCUUAAUCUAAUCUUUAUGUUCACUUAGUCUUUCUUUUGUGUUUCUUUUUUGAAGUUCUCUUAAUCCAGUCCUAGAUAAUUUUUUUGAGUGAUUAUAACUUUUAGUUGUAGCAUUUCAAUCAACGAAACUAUUUUUAUUUGUUUUUUGACAUUUCCUAUUUGCUGCUUAUUAUAAACAUAUUUUCUUUCAUAGUAUUUACCCUGGAUAUGAUAGCUGCUCUCAAGUAUUGUCUUCUUGUUGUAAAUCCUUGUCAUAAAUUGACAUCUGUGUUAUUUUGGAGUUGAUCACCAUUGAUUGAUUGCCUUUGUUCUUGAGUAGGGGCCUCAUUAAUUUCUUUGUGUGUUAAACAAUUUUAACAUAUAUCUAAAAUUCCCCCAGGAGAAUUGUGAAUAAGAUGUAAAGACUUUGGAUUCUGUUCAUUUUUCUGAAGAAUAUUUUUUUUCAAGCCUUUGGUUGAAAUCAGAUUCAAAAUUCUCUCAUGCAUUUUGCAGAAGCUGAAAUCUCUGGUCGGUUCCUUCAGCUCCAUUUAGGCGGCUUGGUAUCUGUCAAAAGUGUAGUUCAAAGAGUUGGUCAGUGUGUAUGUACAAUUUGAGAGUUUCUCCUCUGAAUCUCUCUUUACAUUUUCCUACCAUUUUUCAGCUGUUGCAAUAGCCACAAAUCAUUUUUCUUGCUCGUCAAGCUAGUAAAUCUGUAUGCUGCUGAGUUUUAACUGUCCCACUCAUUACCAAUUGAGUUUUGCUUUCAAAUAAAAAGCUAUAAAACCAGAAAA